UUGGAAUUUUUGGGGAAUUUCAAAAUUAAUCUCAAAUACGACAGAAGGACAUUUAGGCUUCCGAAUUUUUCUGACUUUCUUUUAUCGUCAUCUAUAGGAAGACUGUUUUCAGAAAGGCCUUGUAAAAUGAAGAUUGCCCUGUUGUUCAUAUGUUUCUUGGCAGUAACCCUUGCUUUACCAGUACAAAGGAAACGAGUAGCCAGGUCUGACAGCUCACAGGAAAGAGGGAGCGACUCCAGCGAGUCAAGCAAUGAAGACCGAGACACCAGUGAGGAGUCUGAAAACGAAGAGGACAAUGGAGGAGAGGAAGAGGGGGAGGACGACAANGGGGAAGAGGAAGAUGGAGGCGAGGACAAUGGAGGAGUGGAAGAGGGGGAGGACGACAACGGGGAAGAGGAAGAUCGAGGAGAGGACAAUGGAGAAGAGGAAGAGGAGGAGGAGGACGACAAUGGGGAAGAGGAGGAAGAAGAUGGAGAGGAUGACAACGACGAAGAAGAGGAAGAUGGGGAAGAAGACUGUGCGGAAACUGACAAUGGGGAGGAAGGUGAAGAAGAGCCUGGUGUCUCCGAAAAGAGUGGAGUGAAGGGUAAUGGAGAUGAGGAUGGCGACAAUGGAGAUGAAGACAACGGGGAAGAUGAAGAUGUGAUCAGUGGCUGCAAUGGCUAUGAUGAGACUGGAAAUGGCAUCACCAGAAAUGGAGAGGGAGAGGGGGAUGGCGAAGGGGCUGAAAACGGCGAAGACGGAGCCGAAGCUGAUGGGGACGAAGAAGCAGAGGAGGAGGAGGAGGAGGGAGAGGAGGAGGAGGAGGAGGAUGCCGAGGGCGAUGAAGACGAAACCUCCGAAACGGUGGACUAUGACGGCGCUGAAAACGGUGAAGACGAAGGCGACGCGGACCCCGGCACUGCAGGAGAGGGAGAGGACAACGAGGAAGGCAAUGGGGAAGGAGGAGAAGGCGACGAUGAGGAAGAGGGUGAAGAAGAGCAAGAAGAAGAGGGAGAAGAAACUGGCGAUAACGGGGAUGGAAAGGGCAGUGAAGACUCCGGCAAUGCUGGACGUGGAGAUUCUGAUCAUGAAGAAGACAACGAAGAACAGGAGAAUGGGGACACAGAGGAAGAGUCUGAUAACGGGGGAGAAGAACACACGAUGUAUACUGAAGAGGGCCCAGGAGAUGACAGCAAUCACAAUGACAUUGAAGAAGAGUACGACAGCGAAGACAACAGCGAUAGUGAGCAGGAAUAUUACGAGACGAGGCAGCACGAAAAUGCUAUUAAAGAGAAUUCCGAACAAACUGAGGAAUACGGAUCUGAAGAACACGGGGAUUACAAAAGCCACGAAAAUAAUGGAGAUGACGAAUGAAUAACAGCACUUUUAUCCAUGAAGAAAAUGAUGAAAAAAUGUAGAUUCCAGCAAUAUGAUUUCGACAGCAUUGACAUGGGAGGUUGGUGAGAGACGAAACGGAGUUGUGCAUCCCUGCAUGAUUUCCCGGGAAGGAAAAUAUAUGUACGAUUGUGACAGCAAACACAACAUAAAUCAAAACACGCUUUGCUUCAGCAAAAAAAAAA